AUGUCAAAGGAUGAUGUUUUAGAUUUUAUUAAUUCCUUACCUGAUUCCAAAUCAGGAACUCCCAACCCUGAAGGCAAAGAGGAUCUUAUGGAUUUUUUGGAUGAAUUGGAAGCUCACGAUAAAAAACCUGUUAAAUUCGAACCAAAGAAAGGUAAGAAGGAUAAGAAAGAAAAGGAAAAGAAACCAUUGGACAAGAAGGAGAAGACAGAAGAUUCAACUGUGUCUAAUGAAGGAGGCAAGAAAGAAGCAUUGACGGAAAUCGAUGUUGAUGUUAAACCAAAGGAAGUCCAGAAUAAUGAAGAAAAAAGUGCUAACGAAGAAUUGGAGAUUGAUCCCAUCAAUUCAAUCACCAAUUGGUGGAACAAAGAAGGAUCUAAUGCAGUUUCUUCAUUGUGGGGUUCUAUCACUAGCAAUGCAUCAAAUUUAAGUGAAACCACAUAUCAAAUUGCUUCAACUACAACUAAUCAAUUGAAUUUACGUCGACAAGAAUUCCUUAAAAAUCAAGAAACAAAUGGUGAAAAAACUUUCGAACAAAUAACAUCUAUCACAAACAGAUUGAAUGGAAUAUUAUCCAACAUUAGUGAAACCAUAAUUGGAAAUGAGGACGAAUUAUUGAACAUCAUAAUUGUUAAUGAUUUCUACUUACCUUAUUUACAUGAUUUAAUCAACAAAGAUUUUGGGAAGGUGAUGGGACAAGUGGAAGGAGGUAUCAAAUUACAAGUCAAUGAUUUCAAUCAUAAGAAGGUUUUAGAUAAUGAAUUGAAUUUAUUUGUUGGCAAGAAAAACGACGGAGAAAAAUUAUGUUUAGCUAAUUUAACAAACUCAAUCGAAAACUUUCAAAAAGCCAUUGAAUUCGAAAAGAAUGAAAAUACUGAAAUGAAUGAAAAAUUGAAGUUAAUCAAUAAAUCAAAUGUUUUUAUUUCAAUUCUUCCCAUCUCAAUUGAAACUUCUGAUAUCAUUGAUGAAAAUGAAAUUUCAAUUGAUCAAAACAACAAAUCGUUCCAAUUCGUCAUUAUCUUGAAGGAUAUUACCAAUAAUAUCACCAUCAAAACAAAAACUCAAGCAUUCCCAUUAAUUUGGAAUAGUUGGUUAACGGGAAAAGAGACGGAAAAGUUCAAUGAGUUCGAUAUAAAUCCAAAAGAAUGGGUCAAAGAUUGGAUUAAAGACGGGUUAAAUGUUUCUAUCGGUAUAGUAGCGCAAGAGUAUGUUAUCAAGAGAAUGGGCUUUUGA